GAUUGUGACCAAUAAAAACAAGAAGAAGAAUAACCUACAAAAAAGUUAUAUUUCCUUUUGUUUCAGGAGUUGUUUUUCUGAGUUAUCGUUUAAUUGCAUUAUGAAAAAUUAAGGAUUUUUAUUUCUUAAGUGUUUCCUAGCUUCCAUCUUGUCGCAAUUGCACAGCUCGUACUAGAUGAACGAUCGUUUGCGCGGUGACAAUGGAUGAAAAAAAACGGCAAAUAUGCAACGCGCUGCAAGUCAAACACGGAAGCGACCUUUUAGAUUUGGAGAAAUGCAGAAAUAUUUACGCCGAGCUGUUGGAACGGAAGAGCGCUUUGCAAAAAGAACUGGACGUUUCGAACGUGGAGGGGUCGUUGGGUAAAGCGGUUAGCGAAAUCGCCCAAGUUUUAGAAAAUUCAAAUAAGUGUGUAAAACACGCCAAGGAAAUAAUACAGGCAAUCGAUAAUGAUCUGGAUGAAGUUGAGGAGGCCCGGGCUGGCAUAAAGUCUCAGCUUCUCAAGCUUGACGUUUUGCAGACCACCCUCCAAUACAUGCGGAUAAUCCAGCGCGUGGAAUAUUUUUGCGGGGAACUGGGACGGGAAUUCUCAAGGAAAAAUGACGAACAGUGUGUAACAGUUUUCGUAAAUCUAACGGAAAUGGGCAGGGCCCUUUGGGAUUGCCGGGCGAAUCACUUAAUGGAGUAUAUUAAACAGACAAUUGAAUACUGGCAAAACGUUCUAAAUGAUAAACUGACCAAAGAUUUCGGUGACACUCUCAAGCUGAUGAAGUGGCCUUUUAUCAGCUCAAAUUUUGCACUGGUGGUGCCGUUUCAGUCUCACGUUGAAAAACUUCAGUCAGUCGCCGAGUACCUGUUCCAAAUAGAACUGCCGGCCGAGAGUGGUGCUCGUUCGCCAGUCGCUUCCGGGGUGUUAAGCCAUUUCGAUCCGGUAUGCGUACCGGUACGCCUACUGGUGCAGCCGUUGAGGAAUCGGUUCCUAUACCAUUUCUACGGCAAUCGCCAAACCAACAGACCCGACAAACCAGAAUGGUAUUUCACUCAGGUGCUGACGUGGAUCCGGGAUCACAAAGAUGUCGUCGACAAAUGGCUCCAACCGGUCAUUUACAAGCUGGGCUUACACCACAUCGAUCCCAAGUUGGAGUUUACGCGAGGGCUGGUGCAACUGGCGGUCGAGAAGCUGUACCGCGAGCUUCCGUCGCUGCAGUUCGACGAUUUUACGUUCUCCCACACGGUCGACGAGGCGCUGGGUUUCGACAAGGAGCUGAGAGAGACGUACGGCUACCCGGCCACGCAGCCGGGCGUGUUAAUCGUCCUCACGCAGUCCCAGGCGUUCGUCAAGUGGCUAAAAAUGGAGAAAAAAUUUGCCGUCGAAAAAAUGGACGCGAUUUUAGCUCCCAAGGAGGCGUUCGAUCUGCUGGUCGCCGACGGCGACGACCUCCAGGUCACCGCCUGCGCGGAAGCGUUCGUAACGCUGCUGCAGACGAUCACCGAGAGGUACGAGAACCUGCCGCAGCCCGGGCACAGGCUGCAAUUCCUCGAGCUCCAGCUGGAGCUGCUCGACGAUUUCCGCGUCAGGCUGCUCCAGCUGUCUAACGCGGAGGAGGGCGACGUCGUCGAGUCUGCGGUCCCGAUGAUCGCAAACACCGCGUACUACGUGGAAAGCGUGCUGACGGACUGGGGCGCCGCCCUGCACUACCUCGGCCUGCAUUACUACAAAAAACGUUCAGAGGCGGGACCACCGGCGUCUCCGCCAGAUAUUAGCGACUUGGACGACUCUCCCGGGUUCGAGGCGGAGUCGGUGUUCUCGGACACUCUAUCGCUGUACCGGCACUUUAGACGCGACCUGCUGUGCGUGAUAGUGGAGAGCGUCGUCGGCGAGGUCAAAAGCAGAAGUUGGCAGUACCGCAGGGAGAGAUGGUCCGCCAUGAAAAUCGAGAAGGAAUUUCGCAGCCUGUCCCUAACGCCCUCCGCCUGCCCUUUAUUCGAGGUACUAGCGAAGCGGCUGCAUCAGUUGCGGAAAGGCCUGCAGGCGCGGCUCUUCACGCAGGUGUGGCGCAACCUGGCGGGGCAAUUGGACAACUACCUUUUCGAAGACCUGGUCAUGGACAACAGGUUCAACGACGGAGGCGCUCUGCAACUCAAGUUCGACGUAACGAGGAACCUGCUGCCGCUCUUCGCACAGUUUAGCGACAAACCGGCCAACCAUUUCGCUAAGCUCGCAGACGCGUGCACGCUACUCACCUUGAGCAGGGGUUCCGCGUUGUUGCUUCGCGAGACUCUCGUCGCGCUGGAGGGCGCCACCGGCGUCGAGGAUAUCAGGGAAAAGACGUUGAAAGAGAUGGGCGUGGUCAGUUUCGCACCAAAAAUGGCGGUAAAGGUGUUAAACCAGAGGACGGACAUCACCAUAGACAGGAUGGUCGUCGAUUGAGGCUGUCUGUUUUUUCGCGGUCGUUUGUAAAUAUUUUUUGGACAUUAAAA